UCUUUACAUAACGCUUGGUAGUAAACAUUUCACGAUAAAGUCGUGUAUAUAAGAUUUGGUAAUAGGUUAUAUAGGACAACGCGAUUCAUCCGUUCAUUCACUCAACGCUCCAGAAUGAAUGUACAACUGUCGUCUGUCUUCCUUCUGGCCGUCAUCGCACUGUCGUCUGCCCACAUGUGCCUUGUGGAGCCAAAACAACGGGGUUCAAUCAUGGGGCUUGACAAAGAGGGCGCGGACGACUGUAUCCUGCUGAACGGGCCCUGUGGCGGCAGAAUGAUGGAGGAACCCAUGACCAUGUUCAAAUCUGGCGGCAACUUCACAGUUAUCAUACAGAAGAACCUGGACCACUGGGCGAAAGCCACACCGGGCUUCUUCGGGAUUAAUCUGAUGCACGGUUCCGCCACUCGAACGUUGACCACCGUACCGGACAUGGGUGAGCCUUCCCUCACCCUCUACACCGCUAUGGGACAGAUACCGAUGGGAUUUACCGGCCCUGCUGUUCUUCAGGUAACUUACGUCACCAAAAAUCCUCAGGCUCCCGCUGUCUUCUACCAAUGCGCAGACAUCUUAAUCAAAUAGGCGCAUGCGCAAUGGUUACAUGACACGGGUGCACACCAUCAAGUAAUACGACAACACGGCAAUUCGACAAUGACAAAUCGACACAAUGCAUUGAAUAGUUUGUGUUGAAAUUGUGUUUAUUGUAUUGAUAUUUAAUAGUAUUUAUUUUUAUUUGAUGUUUUGUAAAAUGUUACUGUAAUUAUGAUGAAGUGGCCAAUUUGAAAGCGUCCUAACAUUUGUAUAAAUAACCGAUUUGUUUCUGAUAGAAAUCCAUUUUAAGAUCACCAUUUCCAAAUGUAUAAUUAUAGAAAAGCAACUGUGGUACUUUGUCUGUUAAUACGCGUUAUGUUAUGUUUUUAUUAAAUAUUUCAAAUAUAUAAA